UUUUUUUUUUUUUUCAAUUCUAUUCUCAAUGCGCCAAUUCUCGCUCCUGCUGCUGCUGUCGCUCGCCGCGCUGGCUCCCUCCGUCGCAACGGCCACGCCCGAGUGCGACGCCAUUGCAACCAACGGGCCUUACUUCAACCACACCCAGGUCGCUGGCUGCCUGCGCUCGGUGGCGUUCGACGCGACCCAGGCCGCGAACAUUUUGGAUUCGCUGCUCAAGAUGGUCCCGUCGUAUGUCUUUGUGGACACGUCCAAGGCGUCGCCCGACCCAGUCAACAUCCCGAUGAACACGGAUCUCAUUGCCCGUCUCCAGACCAUCAAGCAGACCGCCGCUGCCGGCGGAUACGCAGUCGACGCCGAUUUCCAGCAAGACCUUGCGGAUCUCUUUGGCGAGCUCCACGAUGCUCACACGCGAUACGCCAAGCCAUCGCCGUACACAAACAGUGUCUUCAUUCUGCCAUUCAUCUUGUCGUCCGAGGUCGAUGAUGCCAACAACCAGGGCAUCACAGUCCACGUCCAACCCGACUGGAUGGGCAACUACACUGCCGUCUACGGCGCGGCUCCAUUCAACGGUGUGAAUGUUGACGGCUUCCGCGCAAUCUCCAUUGACGGCAAGGAUGCUCUCACAACCGUCUCCACCUUCGCCAAGGAAAAGAUUGGCUACAGCAAGGACGUCGGCGCUCGCUUCAACUUGGCUGUUGAUGGCUAUGGCGGCACCUUUUAUGGCAUGUUCACCUUCCGUCAGCAAAACCUCCAAGCCAUUCCCGCCCCGACCAUGCUGUGGGUGCUCCAAAACCCUGCCACCAACGAGACCUUCACCGACACGAUUUCCUUCCUCGGUCGCUACAUUCCUCCGGCAACCUCCGCUGCCCUUGCAGCUCGCGCCUCGCCACGCAUGCCGCAGGCCAUCAUCCAGGAGGAGCAGCUGACUCUUGCCGAGAACUCUGCGCCGCUCUCGUCCUUCCACACCCUGCUUCCCAAGUCGGCUUCGACGGCCAAGAUUGCUGCCACUGUCGGCGACGAACCUGGCGUUCAGACCUUUGUUCAGGACGCUGCCAGCGGCGUCACAGUGCAGCUGGUCGACGGCGUGACUGGCGUGCUCAAGAUUGCCACCUGGGCCCCGGCCAACAACUCGCAGUUCAUCUCCAGCGUCAUGACGGGUGUCCGCGCUUUGACUGACGCCAACAUGCAAAACCUCAUUAUCGAUCUUCGCCUGAACGGUGGUGGCGACAUUUGCCUUGCCUAUGGCGCGCUUCGCUUCCUCUUCCCGGACGUCACACCCACCAUUGGCCGCUACGACAUGAAGCACUCUCCUCUGUGGAAUGCCCUUGCCGAAGCCGGCGCCCAGCAGAUGCAAACUUCGGCCCCUGGCUCCAUCCCAUGCGGUAUUGAUCCCGAGGUUGUCGGAUACUUUACUCCCUGCGCGUGGUCGGCUCCUGGCGGCGUUGGUGUGGAAUUCCUGCCCUUCUCGGACGACUCGUGGUUCAACCCUGGCGAAACGUACCCUCGCGGUGGCGUGGCCAACUCGGCUUACUCGUCGCUCAUCCACGAAGGCUGCCAGACGGCCUACGACAUGUGGAUCCCGGCCAACCCUCUCAAGAGCCUGACCGCAGAUAACAUCAUUGCCUUCUCGGACAGUCUGUGCGGCAGCUCUUGUGCCGUCUUCUCUCGCCACAUGCAACAAGCUCGCAAGGUCAAGACUCUGACCGUCGGUGGUCUGCAAGGUGUCAAGUCUGGCAUUGCCUCGUUCCCAGGCGGCGAGGUCGAGGACUUGCCGUUCGCCAUCUCGAUGGCCGCCAAGUAUGGCGUCACGGAUCCCAGCCUUGUUCCCGCGGCCCUUCCCGGCAACACCAUCUUCCGUUAUGCGAUUCGCGAAAUCUACCCGUUCAACAGCGCCUCCCAGGCCGUCCCCCUCGAAUUUGUGUUUGACCCCGUCGACUUCCAGCUCCCGUACGGCAGCAGCGGCUUUGUGGCCGGCGAUCCGCUUGUCGGACCCAUCUACCGCGCCGUUGCCAAGCAGUUUGCCACCUGCGCAGCCUGGCAGACCAAGCCAUGCACCCUUGCUUCCGGCUCGGGCGUCCACACGUGCGUGAACGGCGUGUACUCGACCACCUGCUCCGCUGCCUCCUGCAACGCCGGCUUUGGCGAGGUUCAAGACGCGUGCAUCGCCUGCCCUGCCGGAUUCUGGCAAGACGGCACUCAGACUGCCUGCCAGCAAUGCACCAAUGCCCCAGCUCAUGCAGUGUACACUGGCACCAGGCAAACCAGCGCCACUUGCGCGUACUCUUGCCUUGAGGGCUUUGGUGGCUUCACUUGCAGCGAGUCCGUGCCCAAGCAGUCCAGCAGCAGCGGCUAUUCCAGCGGUACGGUUGCCGGCGCUUCGAUUGGCUCGCUCCUUGCCGGCGCUGCGAUGGCUGGCGUUGCCACUUACGUGUACUUCCGUCGCCGCGCUUCUGGCUAUUCGCCGAUCUAAGUUCCUUCUUUGCGUCAUGGGAGUUUGUAUGGUCUUGCAAACGACAGUAAUACACAAUUACACAGUACA